UCUCAGAUUCAAAUCUAUGCAUGCGGCUGUGUUAUCCGCUUGAAACUUUCUUUCUGAACACAGACUAUCUCUACAGUGACGAAGCGCGCCUGGAGCCAGUUUCAUCUGUGUUCCAAACUGCCGCUGCACUGAGGCUCACAAUGCACCCUCCUCUCUCAUCCCAAACAUGCAAACUCCUGAUAUUCCCUCCCCAGUAAUGACCACGUUGCCUGUGCUGCUUGCAAGUGCGCAAAUUGAGUACACCAACAUCUGUGUCUGCUAGGUCAUGAGGCCAACGAGCACUGAGGUCCAUUGGUUUGCCAUGGGUGUAGUGACUGCGUGUGACUGUAGUAUACCAGUCGUUGUCAAAGUACAGGUUGAAAGUUUUAUUUUCAAGUACAUAUCUAUUACAAUGGAAGGUAGUGUUAAGCACGUUAUGUGCGUGCCAUGUGUUUGUGUCACUGUUGUAUUUACACUCGUUGGCGCGUCUUACCGUUGCAACGUUGAAUGCUCAAAGUGGGGAGUGUGCAAGGUUAGCAUGUAAGGUAUGAUCGAGAAGCGCAUAUAUAGUUGAUAAGUUCGAUAAGUAACACUGCAGUGCCAAGUCAACUUGCGUUGAUUAUGUAAUCUAUAUCUUGGUAGACACCGGUCUUAUCU